GUUCGGAAUCAGAUACCUCUUUUGAGUUUUCAGAUAAAGUGUCACUUUCUUUAUUUAACAGUGUAGAACAUUAGAUUUAUUUAUGUCUUCACAUAUUAAUUUUUGGUUCAGGUUGGUGAAAUCUUGGGAACUUUGAUAAAAACAUUCAAGGCAUCUUUCUUACCUUUCUUUGAUGAGCUGUCCUCAUAUCUGAUGCCUAUGUGGGGCAAGGACAAAACAGCUGAAGAGAGAAGGAUUGCAAUUUGCAUUUUUGAUGAUGUUGCAGAACAGUGUCGUGAAGCGGCUCUGAAGUAUUAUGAUACAUAUCUUCCUUUCCUUUUGGAAGCAUGCAAUGAUGAAAACCCAGACGUCCGACAGGCAGCUGUGUAUGGACUUGGCGUUUGUGCCGAAUAUGGUGGUUCUGUAUUCAAACCUCUUGUUGGAGAGGCUCUUUCAAGACUAAAUGUUGUGAUAGGACAGCCUAAUGCACUGCAACCUGAUAAUGUGAUGGCAUAUGAUAAUGCUGUUUCAGCUUUGGGGAAAAUAUGUCAUUUUCAUCGUGACAAUAUUGAUUCGGCUCAGGUUGUUCCUGCCUGGUUAAGCUACUUGCCUAUUAAGGGUGAUCUGAUUGAGGCAAAAGUAGUUCAUGAGCAGCUUUGUUCAAUGGUAGAAAGGUCAGAUAGGGAGCUUUUGGGUCCCAACAACCAAUAUCUUCCUAAAAUUGUUUCAGUAUUUGCUGAGGUUCUAUGUGCUGGCAAGGAUCUUGCAACAGAACAAACUGCUAGCCGAAUGAUUAAUUUGCUGAGACAGCUUCAACAGACAUUGCCACCAGCCACUUUGACCUCAAUGUGGUCAUCCUUGCAGCCCCAACAGCAGCUUGCGUUGCAAUCAAUCCUGUCAUCAUAGCAUCUUUUGGCUGACAAGAGGAGAACUAGUUCAUCCCGAAAUUGUUCCGUUGGGGUUGGUUGGUGUCCAUCAUAUAUUUGUUGUCAUUCUUUUUCAUAAGAUAUGCCAUCAUUCAUUUUUGCAUGAUGUUUCGCAGCAACCUGGUGUUGGUUGUUUGGUUGGGUGUGAAUGUCCAUGCGAGCAAUUGGAAAGAAACAUAUUUCUUGUAGCAUGUGUAUAGUGUCAAGUGUUAUUUAUAGUGCGGUCUUGCAAGCAUAAGAAAGGAGGUCAGUAAUUGUGGUUUGGGAGUUUUUGUUAGUCGAUGUGUGAGGUGUUGAGGCCUCAGGGUGCCCAAUAGGCAAAUCUGGUCACAGUUUUGGUCAUGUCAUCUUUUCUUUGUUUUGCGGAUUGAGAUAGUACAACAAUUGAAAUACAAUGGUAGUACAAUGUUUAUUAUUUCAAUGGUGAAUGAUAUGAUUGGGUUUCUGGUGUUUUAAUCUUACCAAAUGGGUAACACAUUGUUUCUCAAUGAUCAUUUAC